AGGCGCGUGCAGGGCCGGAAGGCUUUGCGGGCUAGGGGCGCAUACUGUUAAGCAAAGUGAGGGCGGGAGGUCAAUCGGUCGGGAGGUAACAGAUAGUCAGUCAAUCAAGUCGAGGUGCCAAAUCGAGGUCGGGUCGGACCGGCCGGGCGCUGUCCCCUGCUCCUGCUGGAUGCAAGCGCGUAUACGCACGUGGUCACCCCACCCCCACACACGCACGCACGGGCACGGGCACAUACACGCACACACGUCGUGAGGGGGCUGCCCCGAGGCGACGCAUCAACCGAUAAAAUCUGUGCGGUGAAAGGGGGCGGGUAACACAGGGCGUGUGCUGCAACGCGAACGACGACAAAGUCGACCAAGUGCCCGUCCAGCUGCGCGACGUCACCACGGCUAGUACCAGUAGUGCGCAGUGCUGCCGCCAGGAGCUGAGCGAUGGAGCUGAACUCGGCACGCCAGCUCCAACGCACAACCACUCAAGCAUCUGCACCCAGCGGACGAGCACCACGACAGCCACUCCACCAGCGACCGGCCCUGAACAACUGGCCCCCCACAACAAGUGGCUCCCAACGUAUCUGAGCAGUCUUGCUUUCAGGGGUCAGCCCGCGAAAUUUCACCCACUAUUCAUCUGCGACGGGGCUUCUGCUAGUGAAACAUGGACGUCAGCUCCGGAGCCUCCAGCUUCCUGAUGGGGACCUCCGAGGCAGCCGGGGUCGCCGACUUCUACCGCGGGCGCGGCGUCCUCGUGACGGGCGCCUCGGGGUUCAUGGGCAAGGUGCUGGUGGAGAAGCUGCUGCGGUCCUGCCCGGAGGUCGACACGGUGUUCGUCCUGCUGCGGCCCAAGAAGGUCCGCGGGGUGCAGCUCGGGGUGCACGAGCGGCUACAGGGCAUCCUGUCCGCCCCAGUGUUCGACGCCCUGCGCGGCAGCCGGCCGGAGGCCCUCUCCAAGGUGGUGGCCGUGGCCGGGGACGUCUCCAUCCCGGGCCUCGGACUCUCGUCGUCGGACCGGGCGCGGCUCAGCGCGGCUGUGACCGUCGUGUUCCACGUGGCCGCCACCGUCCGCUUCAACGAGCACCUCCGGCUGGCCUUCCAGAUCAACGUCCAGGGCACGCGAGCCGUGCUUGACCUGUGCCGCGGCAUCCCUGGGCUGGUCGCGCUGGUGUACGUGUCAACCGCGUAUUGCAACUGCACCCGGAAGGAGGUGAUUGGCGAGGUGGUGUACCCGGCGCCGACCACCGCGGACGCCCUGCAGGCGGAGCUCGACCGGAGGGACGACAAGCAGCUCGAGAACGAUACAGCCAGCCUGAUUGGAGAGUUCGCCAACACGUACACCUUCACGAAAUGCAUCGCCGAGAACUUGGUGAUGGAGGAGGGCGUCGGUCUGCCCGUGGCCAUAGUCAGACCAUCCAUCGUGUGUCCGGCCGUGAGCGAGCCCCUGCCGGGGUGGGUGGACAACGUCAACGGACCCGUGGGGCCUUGGGUGGCGAUCGGCAAGGGGACGCUGAGCUGCGUGUUCGGGGACGCCGACGCGGUCGCGGACCUGGUCCCGGUGGACGUCUGCAUCAACCUGAUGGUGGCCGCGGCGUGGGGCUGUGCUGCCAGCAGCGCCGCCGAGCUCACGGUGUACAACUGCGUGACGGGCGCCACCGUGCCGGUGACGUGGGGCCGCACGACAGGCCUGUGGGUGGACGCCGUGCGCCGCCGGCCGUACGCCAGCACGCUGUGGCUGCCCUCGGCCUCCUUCACCACCUCGCGCCUCAAGCACCGUCUCUGCACCGCGCUGGGGAAGACCUUGCCGGCCCACCUCAUCGACCUGGCCGCGCAGGCUGCAGGGAGGAAGUCUCCGAGAUUGGCCCACCAGAUCAGCAGACAGAUGCGUAUGAUGAAGCCGCUAGACUUCUUCACCACGCACCAGUGGUCCUUCACGAACGACAAUGUUCGGUGUCUGUGGUCGAGGAUGGGCGGUGCGGACCAGGAGACGUUUCCCUUCGAUGUGUCAACCCUGAACUGGGAAGAGUACAUGGGGACGAUCCUGGCCGGCACGAAGACGUACCUACUUAAGGAGCAAGAUAACGAUAGGUCGGGGCUGCAGUCCCGGCUGCGCAGAAUGGACGCGCUUUACCGGCUGGUUGUCCUUCUCUCAAUACCAUUACCGGUUCUUUGUUUCCUGGCCGGAUCGCUCCACUCCAAAUUGUAAAUGUAGUGCAAUCCAAUUCUGAUCUCAUUGUGUUAUUGUUUUUAAGAGUUUAUUUAAAUUAUGUUGUCAUGCGAUAGUCAGUUCCUAGUAGAUGAAAUACGGAAUAUCAAAGCAUGAUUUUUUAUCGUUCUGACUACUGCAAUAAAUUUUAUUAAUAGAUACAAAA